AUGAGCCUGCGCCUUGCCCGACUGGCGCUGACCCGUCCCAGGGGAGCUCGCCUUGUGACUUCCUCGUCGACCGCGUCACGAACAGUAGCUCGCCCUCGAAGUGCAGCAGCGGCAUGGUUCCUGGCAGGUGUCGGCGUCGCCGGCGCAGCAAUGUGGGCAAGCAUGACUACUGCACACGCCGAGUCCCAACCCGAGCCCACCACUCCGGCCGUCUUCAAGACCUCGGCGGCCAUUAGGUCACGGUACGGUUCACCGGCCGACUAUGCGGCUGCUGUGGUCGAGCUGCAGGCCAUCUUUGCGUCUGAUCCAGACGCGAUCACAGUGGACUCGGACGACAGGUCACAUCACGGUGGAAGCGCAUGGACAUAUGGCACUUCCUUUCCACCAGAGGCUGUCGUGUUCCCCAGGACCACCGAGGACGUGCAAGCCAUUAUGAAGGUCGCGACAAAGCACCGCGUCCCAGUCGUGCCCUACGGCAAUGGAACCAGUCUCGAGGGCCAGUUUUCUGCUCCCUACGGUGGCAUCUGCGUGAACAUGUCACGCAUGGACAAGAUUCUCGAGAUCCAUGCCAAGGACGGAGAUGUGGUCGUGCAAGCUGGUGUGGGGUACGAAACCUUGAACGCCGAGUUGAAGCGCCAGGGCAUCAACAUGUUCCUGCCUCUUGACCCAGGACCAAACGCGACCAUUGGAGGGAUGAUUGGCACAGGCUGUUCGGGAACCAACACUGUGAGGUAUGGCACAGCACGAGCAGAAUGGUUCCUCAACGUGACCGCUGUUCUUCCUGAUGGAACAGUCCUCAAGACCAGGCAACGCAGUCGCAAGUCGUCGGCUGGACCCGACAUGACCAAGUUGUUCAUUGGUGCCGAGGGAACGUUGGGCAUCAUUACGGAAGUGACGAUCCGCCUGGCUCCACUUUUACCCACCCGUGUUGGUGUAAUCGCCUUUCCCUCGGUCCGCCAUGCCGUGGAUGCCGUGGUGGACAUUCUCAACGAUGGUGUACAGGUCCAGUGUGUCGAACUCCUCGAUGACCUUUCCGUCGCGGCUAUAAACCACCUGGGCACCAUGGAAAGGUCUCUGGCCGAAAAGGACUCCAUCUUCUUCAAAUUCCAGGGGAAUGACACGGUGCUUGCAGACUCGGCCCGUGUUGUUGCAGAAAUAGCAAAGCAGCACGGUGGAAGCGACGUGCAGUUCGCAGCGACCGAAAAGGAAAGCGAGGGUAUUUGGGCCGGAAGGAAGGCGGUCCUGUUUGCCGCCCUUGCGCACAGUGGUUACGAGACUCCUAUGAUGUACGGGAACGACGUUUGCGUUCCUAUAUCAUGCCUUCCCGACCUUGUCGAAGAGUUUCAGAAGGAAUUCAAAGAUCUGGGAAUCUAUGCUCCUAUCCUAGGACACGUUGGCGAUGGCAACUUUCACGCAACGAUUAUCAUGCGCGAUGUUUCCGAGGUCGGACACAUUAGCAAGAUUGUGGGUCGCAUUAUCCACCGAGCGCAGGAGAUGGGUGGCACCUGCACUGGCGAGCACGGCGUGGGCAUGACCAAGAAGAAGUAUCUCCGAGCCGAGCUGGGCGAUGGCACCCUUGCACUUAUGAAGACGAUCAAGGAUGCGGUCGACCCUCUUGGUAUCAUGAACCCGGGCAAGCUGUACCCUGAUGAGCUCAUGGACGAGCCUACAAAGUGGCCCCCUGCUGCUUCCAGCUGUUGUUGA